AUGACUGCCUUUUGCGUUAUGAAACUUCUAUGUCAAGCAACCAGAAACGAGCAUAGAUAUGCAAAAAGAUUCUGUGGUACUCUUCUGACACAAACACAACAGAAGAGAGUCUUCUCUCCAAUCUGGAUGCUGGUGUCUGACCCUACAAAACUAGUGGUGUUUGGACUUACACAACCAUUUUGUACAGCUGAAAAAUCUCCCCAGGAACCGAAAAGAAAAACAGCAUUUGGAAGCGUUGGGCGAAGAAUUCCCUAUCGGAUACUGCAUGUCAUCAACCAGGAUGGAGAGAGCUUAGGAAAUAUGCACCGAGCAGAGGCACUCAAACUUAUGGAUCAACAUGACCUGAAACUAGUUCUCCUUCGUGAGAAUGUAGAACCUCCUGUAUAUAGACUAAUGACUGGGCAGCAGAUUCAUGAAGAACAGAUGAAACGUGCACAGAAGAAAAAAUCCAGUGCAAAACCAGGGAUGGUUCAGAAGGAGUUAUCCUUUUCUUCAACUAUUGCCAAGAACGACUUGGGCACCAAGACUAAACAGAUAGCCCAGUGGAUUGAAAAGAAACACCAUGUUAAAAUUACCAUCCGGCAAGCGAAAGAUAGCAAUACAGACAUGUUCACGCUUUUUGAUCAGAUUUUAGAGACUGUGUCUGAUAAAGCCACUUACGUUUCCAAGCCAAAAGUUACUAAAGAAGGAGUGAGUACCUGUAUUUUGAGACACAUGUCUGACAAAGAGCUGAAAGUGUACCAGAAGAUGGAAAAACAGAAAAACAGUACAGAAAAGAAAGAUGAAGAUCAGAAGUCAAAUGAGUUGCAUCAGUGACUUUAUAAAAAGAUAUAAACAAU